AUGUUCUCCAUCGAAGCAUACUUUGAUACGCUUCUCGGGCGAGAUUUCGGUUCUCUCGCGCACUUUCACUUUUUGAAAACGCUCAGGCUUCUUCAAGCGAGAAUAAACAAUCCUACAGACCCAAAGUCUGUUUCAGACGCUACUAUCAUGGUAGUUGUUAUCCUAGGUCUAGCAGCUGAGAUGAUAGGUGAUAGGUCUGCUGCCGAGAAUCACGCUGCUGGAAUGGCGAGGAUAGUGGAUUUGAGAGGAGGUCUCGAGAUGUUGAGAUUUGAUAAUCCCAGACUACCAGCCAAAGUUUGCAGAGUCGAUAUUGGCCUAGUCCUUCGCUUCGGCUGUAAGCCAGUCUUUUUCGACAAACACAUAUCCUGGAAUCCAUACCUCACAAGCCAAGGUCUAGUGCGCGGUAAAAAGAAGCCUCCGGGUACGAACCACGACAUGGAAGCCUUUUUGAAAACUCUUGAUCCCAGGUUAUCAAACGUAUGGAAAGAUCUUGAAGAGUUCGUAAAGCUCAGCAACAUCGCCAGCCAAACUGGUCGAAAGUUACAACCUAAUAUCUUCAGCGAAGUAAUGGUAUCAAUUCUCUACCGACUACUCGCUUUAUCUGUCGAAUCAGUUUCAGAGAAUGCUUUUCGACUUGGAAUGAUGGCAUUUGCUGCGAGUAUCUUUUUCAGAUGGAGAGAUAUGAAGCAAAGACAAGUAUAUCUGGAUGACACCUUCAAAGAUGCUUUGUUGGAGUUGAAGAAGGCUUCGAUUCAGCCACCUGCCAGUAUUCUUUUGUGGCUUCUUGUGAUCUGGAGAACAAAUCCUGGACAAGACUGCAAUGAUAAAGUCUUUGAAGGGUGGAUUCUAGAGGUUAUGGGUGAGUUAGCAACCUGUUCGUGGUCUGAAAUGCACAGGGUCUUGAAAUCUGUUCUCUGGAUAGAUUGUUUGUUCGAUGCGUCAAGCAGACGGGCUCUUGGACCGAUACUGGGGAAGGCUGCUAGAAAAGGAGUGGAGGUCGAUUCAUGA